AUGGAUUCCACCGGGGCUGGAGGUUCUCCAGAGGAAUUCUCCUCUCCGGAAACAAAGCCGCCAGCAUCUUCAUCCGAAGCCAACGCGGGCACUGGCGCUUCUGCAAGUGCCGGUACCGGCACGGCGGCAGCGGGUAACCAAGAGAAUCCCCAAAAGAAGGCUUCAGUUAGGAAGAGAACAAAGACUGGUUGUCUCACUUGUCGAAAGCGACGCAUCAAAUGUGACGAAGCCAAGCCGAUCUGUAACAACUGCACCAAAUCCAAGAGGCAAUGUGAAGGCUACAACCAACGACUCACUUUCAAGGAGCCUCUGGGAUCUUACGGCCAUGGCCCUACUCACUUUGGGCAUCCCGUAUAUCAUCAACAGAACCGAAACCAACCUAUCGGUGUUCCUCUGACGGCUACUCAGGCCAAAGCAGCAGCACAACAAGGACCACUUGCUGCUAUCGCUCCAAAGCCACCGCAAGUCGACUUUACGGGCACGGUGCCUAUGUCCUUUGCGGCGCCGCAACAACACCAGGCACACGACCCCUUUCUGGCCGCUCAAGCUGGAGGUCCGGCUUUACAAACAUCCUUCUAUGGGCAACUACCUAGUCCCAGCCAGAGCAUCUCUCCAGUUGGUCCUCCACCACCGCCAGGCCACCUCCCUCAACAUGCACACGAGAGUACCUUCCAGUUGAUGUCUCCGACACAUGACUAUGACCCAAACCAGGUGAUCGAGGCAGGUCCAUCCAACUACAGCCACACCUGGACACCAACACCUAAACAACACCGCCGUAUCCUUGAAGAGGAUGGACUACAGCUCGGCGUCAAUGGCUUCGUCAAGGAGGGAAUGUACUGGCAGUCCGACGAUGAGGCGUCCAUGGCCGACUCGGAAGACGACGACAUCCCCAUGGAUGUCCACGAUGCGCAUCUCGAGUCUAAUGACCUCGGUAUCCACGUAGCCAGGCGGCUGGAAGCCCCCGCGGACGCAUACGGUGUUCGGAUGAGAACCGUUGCCGGGUUCCCGGAGCUAAACGUCUUACAAACGUACAUCCCUUCUUCCAUGAGCUCGCCCCUGAACGACUUCCAGACUGCCGCGGUAUUCUGGCAUUUCGUUAACGUCACCGGGCAGAGCAUGUCCCUCUUUGAAAGACACCCGUUCGAUCCUACACCCAUGUUCCAGGGCCAACCAGUGCCCAAGACUAGGCAACACAUCUGGACCUACACAUUCCCCAUCAUGGCCUUCAACCAUCCCGCUUUGAUGCAAGCCAUUCUCGCCCUAGCCGGUCUGCAAAUAGCCAACAUGGCCCGAGUCCCCGCCACAGCAGCCAUGAAGCACUACCACCUCAGUCUGCGCCGGAUCGCCCGAAACUACCAAAGCCCCAGCCGGCGCACGCAACCCGCCACGCUCGCAGCCACGCUCCUGCUUGGCUUCUACGAAGUCUGGAACUCGGACCACGACAAGUGGUGCCGACACAUGUGGGGGGCGCGAGCCGUCAUGAAGGAGAUCCCCUUCUUGAAAAUGACCAAGGAGAUUUUUGCCCAUCAACGAGAACGACGACAAGCCGGGUUUGUCGGACCGCCUUGGAUGGACCCUACUGCGCCUCUCGAUCCUGAUCUCACUCUGUACGAGGUCGAUACGGAGCUGAUCAGUCAGCUGAUGGGCAGGAAGGUCACUUACGAUGAUCCGGAGGUGGCGAGCAAGAAGAGACCGUAUACGGAGAAGGAUAUUGAGACUUAUCAGCAGCUGAGGGAUCUGUAUUGGUGGUACUGCAAGCAGGAUGUUUAUCAGAGUAUUUUGGGUGGGACGAGGUUAUUUAUGCCGUUUGACCAGUGGGCUGAGUGUGCGCCGAGAGGAGAAUGCGGGAGGAUGGAUGCCAUUUACGGCACCUUCGACCACCUAAUGCUCCUUCUCGGCCGCGUAGCCAACUUCGCCUCCCGAGACCUAGUCCGCAAGCGAAAAGCGCGCCGAGCCGGCGGCCCUCCCGGCAGCGCCGGACGAGGCCAAGGACCACCAGGACAAGGCCCGCCCGGCCACGGAGGACCACCACCACGAGGGGCAGGUCAAAUGCCCCCCGGCCAAGGUCCUCCUCCCAGCCACGGCGGCCCCGGCGGUCCACCCCGCGGCCAACCCUCCUCCUCCUCCUCCGGCGGACGCGGCCAACCCCCCCCUCUCUUCGCCGGCCUCAUGCCCACCAAAGGCACAUUCGUUCCACCCCGAGGCUUCUCCCCCCCGCGCGACCAAACCCCCGACACCGACUCAACCGACGACAUGGACUACGACACGGCCACGCUCGCCGCCUUCCGCGAAUGGGAAGAGAUCCGUUCCGCCUUCGAGCUCUUCAAGUCCCGCCUCGGCCCGGACUUCGAGCCCAUGGGUCCCGAUCUAGCCACGCCGGAAAUGACGCCGUUUGGGCCCGCACUGAUGUACAGGACGUAUUCGAUAGCAGGGAUCUGGAUGAACUAUUACAUGGGCUUGAUAGCGCUGCAGCGGGCGCACCCGGCAAUGCCGCCGGUGGCGGUGAUUGCCGCUGGCAUGAGCGCGGGGCAGACGGCGCCGUGGGCGUAUACGGUUGCGAGGAUCGCGGCGGGGUUGCAUGAGGAUACGUCGCAUGUUAGUGCCGUGUCUACGUUGGUGGGCGCGGCGUUUAUUGAGAGUGGGUUUUGUUUGUUUGUUGCUGGUGUUCAGUUCCAAUCCCCCCCCCAACGCCACUGGCUAAUCUCCCGCCUGCACGACAUCACCCGCCUAACGGGCUGGCAAUCCGCCCGCCAAAUCGCCGACGGUUGCGAAUCCGGCUGGAUGAAAGCCGCAGAGAUGGGUCGGGGCCCCCCCUAUCGACGCCCGCCCGAGCUCGACAAGAUUUUCCCUGCGAGUUUACCCGUGUGGAUGAGGCCGCGAAGAAUCGAUAAGAAGAUUAGAAUGGAGCAGCAGCAGGCUGGAGAGAAUAAUAGGCUUGUGUUGGCGAGGACGGAGCAUGCGCAUUUUGCGCUGGGACUGUUGACGGUGGAACAGGAUUUGGAUCGGUUGGAGUUGAGUGAGGGGGAGUGA